AUGGCCAUGGCCACCUUUUCAUAUCCACAUGGAAAUUCAUACUUGGUUGCUGCUGUUGGUCUUGUAUUGGCCAUUCAAAGUCUUCCAAGCUUGUUCAUUCUCGGUAUUUCUUUCCUCUCCUAUUGGUGUGUAGAUAUAGCAUGGAGCUACUGUUGUGUGUCGAGUCCAACAUGCAACAAGAUACACAAUCGUAUCAUGUCCAUGUAUCAUCAACUGGAUGCAUAUGUAACGAAACACUUUUUGAGAGAUCCAAGAGAUUUUGGCUACUUUAUAUUCGUAGUGGCCACAUGUAUUUGGUAUCCGUUGAUCUUUAUUGCCGCAGCUUAUCGAUGCUAUCAUUAUGGAUUGGAUUGGACCACAGUGGUUCUGUAUCAUUGGUGUCGAAUUGGUCCUUCCUUUCGAUUAUUGACUCAUUUGCAUGUGUUUUUACACAAAGAAGGUCACUGUCCCAAAGGUGGUUUUUUCAAAAACUUUACUCGAGAUGAUGAUUCUUCAUGUGUUGAUCAAGAGAGUAUUUCAUCGAGCAACAAACCUGCUUUAUCCAAUUCCUCAUCACGGGACAAUCACUCUUCUCAGCAGAAAUGGACCAAAGAACAAUUAUUUUCAUACAUUCCCAUCGCAUCACUGUUCAAUCACAACAUUGGACAAUGGUUUCUGGGAAUUUUCAAUGGUCACAUUCCUGGAUCGUAUUUCAUUUCACACAACAAGAUUCAUCAUGUGCAUCACAAUUCAUUGGAGGAUGUUCACACAACGAUGGAUUUGGAUCGAACUCUAUGGCUCAGUAUUCUCAUUUACAUGACUCGAUUUGCAUUGUUUUGGAAUAAUCUCACACCAAUGAUCUAUUUCAUGAAACGACAAGAUUAUCGAAAAGUAUUCCAUCUUGUCAUUGGUUUCGUCUAUUACUAUUUUUGGACUGCCACGUGUUGGUAUUGGAUGGGAUUUUCAUUCACUUAUUGGUUUAUGAUCAUGCCACAAAUCGAAGCCAUUUACUUUGUUGGAACAAAUGCAUUCAUUUGGCAUGCGUUUGUGGAUCCAAAAGAUCCCACCAAUCCUCAUGUUAAUUCCAUAACCAUUGUGAAUAGUACUGACAACGUAUGGGGAGAAGAUUACCACGUGAUUCAUCAUUUCAAUUAUCGUCAAAUUCAUUGGAAAGAUGCUCAUUCUCAUUAUGAAAAGAAUAAGGAAUUGUAUCGAUUGGGAAGUGUCUUUAAAAAUUGUGUGGAAGCGCAAUUAUUGAUUUGGCUCUUAUUGGGAAAUUUUGAUGCGAUUGCAGAAUGUUGGGACGAGGGAGAGGAAUUCACAAUAACGGAUGGUAGUGAGAACAAGCAGUUGACAAGAAACCAAUUCAGCCAUGAAGAAAAGGUUCGAAUAUUGAAAGAACGAGCUCGAUUUGUGGUAUCGAACAAAAGUGUCGAUGAAUAA